UACACGUAAAUCGGCGAGUUCAAAGUGUAAAGGUUUAGCAAAAUGGCGGCGUUGAGUUUGAGGUGUUGGCAGUAACUGAAUGGCUCGUUACCGGCUUGGUCCGUUAGUGUUUUAUUAGUUAUGGCGUUACUGUACGAUUUGGCCUGGCGUGUGUUACACGUCGUCGUCCAGCUACAGCGCGCGGCCUUGUCGUGGUACCAGGCGCGCGCGUGGAAGCGCACUUGGCUGCUAUGGAGACGCGCCGCGGCCGCGGUGCUGCUGCCGUUAGCACUCGGAGCGGCGGCGGGGGGGAAGAGACCGAGCCGCCGGAGUCGGGUGCUGACGGACGGGAAGGCUUUAGACAAGCUGCCGCUGCACGUCGGACUGCUGGUCGCAGAGGAGGAGCUUCAGUACACCGACAUCGCUAAUGUUGUAGUGUGGUGCAUGGCGCUGGGAAUCUCUUAUGUCAGCGUGUAUGAUCACCAAGGUGUGUUCAGGAGGAACAACUCCAGACUAAUGGAGGAGAUCGUGAAGCAGCAGAAGGAGCUCCUUGGCUCGGAAAGCUGCAAGUACACGACCGAGUUCCUGAACAAUGGCACAGACGCACAGGAACAAGUGUCAUGGUGCCAGUCGGUGGUAAAGAUCUUGUCUCCUGAUGACGGGAAGCUCAGUAUCGUGCGAGCGGCGCAGCAGCUGUGUAAGGCCGUGGAGCAGAAAGAGAGCACACCCAAAGACAUCAGCGUCACCGCACUGGACACUUUACUGCGAGAGUCAAACACCCUCCCAGACCCCGAGCUGGUGCUGAAGUUCGGCCCUGUGGAGAGCACACUUGGCUUCCUGCCGUGGCACAUCAGACUAACAGAGUUCAUCUCUUUGCCUUCCCACAAAGACGUCUCUUACGACGACUUCCUCUGCGCUCUUCGGCGUUACGCUUCCUGUGAGCAGCGGCUGGGGAAGUGAGCAAGUCCUCUAAAAAAAAAACCCUGAACUGAAGGAAGCCACAAGAGAGAACAUCGUCUCUCUCUAUCUCUCUCUCUAUGUUUACAAAACACGCAGCUGAGCAUCAGCAUCCCGACGCCGCAUCAGCAUCUCAACACACACGGUCCGGUUCUGACUCCGUACACCGUGUGUGUGUAUGUGUGUGUGUGUGUGUGUGUGUGCAAGGAGCAGACCUUCCUUUCAUCUGUGAGCAGUCCCAGAGGCGGUUAGCAAUGUGGUGUAAUUUUCAGCGUCAUACUUCGUCCCAUUUUGUCCGUGUGUGUGUGUGUGUAAGCGCUGUAGCGUGGGACGCUGAGUCAGCCAGCACUCUGCACUGACGACCUGGAACCUAACGACGGGGAAAACCGGUCAUCCAUCACAACAUCUUAGCUGCACAUGUCACAAGGAAACUCAUUAUUGACUGAAAUAAGUAUACUGCAGCCGGAACGAAUCGUGAAACAAUGAGAACACGAACCAGAGGGAGCGUGUGACAUGUUUUAAUUGUGAACGCGUGUGUGUGUUUGCUAAGGCUACUGAUUGUACAAAAAAUCCCUUGGAUUGAAAUUUUUAAUGGAUCGCAAAAUUGCUUAUGAUCAUAUAUUGUUUUUUUUUAGUAGUUUUCCAGUCAGUCAUAUUUUUUCACUCGUGUUCCGUCCAACACUUUACUUCUUGAAUAAGAAAUAAUUUUCUCCUUAAUAAAUUAAGUACAUGCCUAUUAGGUGUGGGUGAUGUGGCAAAAAUCUACCUAUCAAAAAAUCAAAUCCAGCAAAUAGAAUAUUUGCUCAAAAAUGAACAUUUAAAUGUGUUCCGAGUCGAAACGGUUAUAUAAAUGACAUUAACACUAGAGUCAGUGGUUUUUUUGACAGCAGUUGCGAUAUCCACAGCACUGUGUGUACACAGUAUUACAAUCAUCGUACGACGUUGCCAGAUCUCACGCUCCUAAUCUGCAAACCUGAGAGACAAAUCUGUGGACUCUUAAUGUGACCGUUGAUCUGCUAUGUUACGUGGAAUGAGACACCGCAUGGAGAUUUACACCGUAAUGCUAACCACAGACACUCACAGAAUCUCGCCAUGUGUCGGAUAUCCGUGUAUUUAUUAGUCAUGACUCAUCAUAUAAGAGGGUUGAUGUAAUAGUGUCCAGUGUGAAUGCUUAAUAAAUGUUACUGAAAACCUUAAAA